UGAACACCACAUUAUACCCUUGUAAUAUUUAAUAAUAAUUUAUAGAUGAUAAAAAGUACUGGACGGCAUCAACAGCAGUUGCAAAAAGAGAAAUAGGUGAUCGAUCUCUUGCAAAAAGAGCUCCAUCUGCAGACAUAGAAGCGUCAUCAUAUGCUCUUUUGGCUUAUAUGAAACUAGGAAGAACAUCAGAAGCUUUCCCAAUUGUGAAAUGGCUUGUUUCUCAACGUAAUCCAACAGGGGGAUUCCGUUCAACUCAGGACACAAUCAUAUCUUUGCAAGCUCUCUCCGAUUUUUCAAGCAGUGUCGGCACUGGACCAGCUCCGGAUUAUGGUGUACAGUUCAGUAUCUUGAGCGGUCAAGAUUCCAUCGACUCAUACUCGGCGACCCCUUCUACUUUCGAUGUCGUGCAUAAUAUAGAGAUACCAAACGCGCUGGACAGUGUCGAUAUACAGAUCACAGGGACUGGUUUAGCAGUCAUUGAUGUUACAACUUCCUUUUACGUGACUGGUAAUGAGCUUGAUGACUACAUUGCUGUUGAUGUUUCAAUAACAAAAGAGACGAUAAAUACAGUGACGGUUACGGCAUGUUUGAGUUGGACUGGACCAGAACAAAGUGGUAUGCUGAUAAUGGAAGUUGAAAUGCCGACUGGAUUUCAACCUGAUAAUGAUUUUCAUAAAGCGCAGAGUUUGAUAAAACGACAUGAAGCGAAUGGACGGAAUAUCGCUCUUUACUUCAAUGGCGUUGACAAGAAUGGGGAAGUAUGUGUUGAUGUUAAAAUGGACAGAAAAGACCCAGUUGUAAAAAGUCAAGCAUGCCAUGUAUCAGUGUAUGACUAUUACGAACCAGCCCACCAAGCAAUGACCAGAUAUGAAUUUGGAAUGUUAAAAGAAGCAAAUAUUUGUCUAGUGUGCCCACUUUGUGAAUUUUGCAUGGGCAAUGGAAGCGGUGGAAAGGUUGGUGUCGGACGUUAGGUCUGUGGAGGAAAAUGUCGUUUCAUCGUAACCUUCUGAAGACGCUUUGCAUUUAUUUCGGCUAAUCAUACUGACGGAUACUGACAGUUUUAUAAAGCCUUCUGUAAAAUACUCCUUAUGGAAAAUCAUAUUUUAACUGUUUACUAACGGAAUUUGACUAACUGGUGAUAUAUUAUGCUAAAGAAAUCAAUUUCCUCUUGGUCUUGACCAAUAAUAUAGUUGUAAAAGUUAUCUUUAUUUAUGUGCUCACGGUUUCUGAUCAGUGACAUUGUAAGAGUGCUAUCAUUAUAUAUUUGCUUACGGAUUUAUACCAGUAAUACUGUUACAGUAAAUAGUGUUAUUGUAACUUUUUUAAUCACAUUGUAUUGUAUACAAUAAACAUACUUAUAUUGAAAUAACGUAUGUCAAGCAGAAAUUAAGAUGCAUCAAACAGUGAAUGCAUCCUCUUAACCCUUACCCUGCUAAAUUUCUAUGAUGAACUUGCCCAUCUUUAAACUUGAACAGUACCAUUAACUGUUAAAACCGGUGCUUACCAAAAAGAUACUGACUGAAUGGCGAACAGUGCAGACCAUGAUCAGACUGCACGGAUGUGCAGGUUGAUCUUGGUCUGCACUUUUCGCAAAGUCAGAAUCACUUGCCGCCAGCAGGCUAAAGGUUAAGAAUAGCGGAUAACUCCGGUGAUGUUACCUAAUAUCUUACCUAAAUUAAAAAAAUGACAUUUGAAGAAUUUAAUCUGAUCUUGACAUCGUGAGCGUAACUUUCAGAUUCAGUUUGGUAGAGUCUUGUUUCAUAAAUGUAUCCUGUAAAUAAUUAUCUUACGUGUUCAGGUUACACCGUCUGGUUCGUUCUAAAUGUAUUAAUACCUUCCACGACAUCGCUUGUUUAUGACUACAUUAUCAGUAGCAGAUAUAUAGAUCGUAAGAUUUGCUGCCGUCGUAUGUUACCUAUAGUUUUAAAGUUUAACAAUUCAGUAAUUGACAAAUAAUUGCAUCUUUUCCGCAAUAUUGCGGAAUGAUACUACUUUUGUAGUUUGUGUUGACGUUGUUUUAGGGACAUGAGUCGUUUGUCGAAAUGACUUUGUCUGUUCCAGGUAGUUUUUUAUAUAUCAGCAGCAUAAAGCAUAAUACAUUAAGGGUCUUUCCAAAUAUAUAGCAUAAUUUAAGCAGUACGUAAUAAGACAUAGAAUAACAUACGUUAUACAAGAUAUGUUCAACCUUUUUUCAACAAAAUACAAACCUGUAUGAUUAUGUUUAAUGAUUUAUAUUUAUUGUGAGUAACGUUUGAUUUGAGAUCCCAGACAUUAAAAAUCGUUCUGUAAUGUUUAAACCUAGACAUCAGUCAUUGUUCGAAGGGUAAAUUGGUUCAGUUUUAAGACGUUUAGGUUCUUUCAGUUACUUUCAUCUCUUCCGGACUCUCAAUACUAGUAUAUCAUUGUCCAUUAAGAUGUGUCCGUAGACCUUGGAGCUAAUUCUUCGGGAGUUAUAAAAAAUGUUUACGGCAGUACAACGACUGUGAAGGUUAAUGUCUGGAUGUGUCUUGAUAUCAAAAUAACUGAUUCUGAAUUCCGUUGAGUAGACAAAGGCAUACUAUAUAGCUAACGACCAGCUUCACUGUGUAUAGGGUAUAAUUCGGCGGACCCGGAUAUUGUGGGUUAAAUUGAUGCUAUGGUAAAAGCAUAUGAUAUUACUAUGUAAAAACAUAUUAGAUGCAAUUUCAACUAUCUUAUACAUGUUCUGUGGGUCUGUGUAAACAAUUAGUACUACAGAGAAGUAUUAAUAAAUGGAAUGGAAAAAAAGAUCUGUAAUUAAAGCUGGAUAUAGGAUAU